AUGGUCUCAGAGGCCCAUCAGGAGACGAACGACAGACCCAUUAUAGGUGUCCUCGCUCAGGAAGUUUCCAGAUCCUAUCCCAACAGAACCUCAUACAUCGCUGCCUCCUACAUCAAGUUCCUGGAGUCAGCAGGAGCCAGAGUCGUACCUGUCAGGAUCAACCUGUCACCAGAGGAAUAUCAGACUCUGUUCAGCUCCAUCAACGGCGUCCUCAUCCCAGGCGGCGCGGCCAGCAUUUACUCGUCCGGCUACCAACGAGCGGCUCAGUUCUUCUUUGAGGCGGCCAUCGAGGCUAACAAAGGAGGCGACUACUUCCCGGUGUGGGGGACGUGUCUGGGCUUUGAACAGAUGAUGUAUCUGACCAGUGGAGAGCGGAUUCUGUCUCGAACCAACACCACCGGCAUCGCUCUGCCUCUCAACUUCACCAACGAUGCAAACAGCAGCAGGUUGUUUCAGGGAUUUCCAGCUGAACUGAUGGAGGCUUUAUCCUCUGAGCCACUGACAGAAAACUCUCACAAAUGGAGCGUGACGACGUCGACUUACAAUUCAAUUGACAAACUGAGCAAGUUUUACAAAGUUCUCUCCACAAACAACGAUGGAAAAAUAGAGUUUUUGUCGACCAUUGAAGCCUACGAUUAUCCGAUAUACGCGACCCAGUGGCAUCCAGAGAAAAACCCCUUCGAAUGGAGGAGGCCAUACUACCCUCACUCCCGCUCUGCGAUCCAGAUGACCUUCUACAUGGCGGAGUUCUUUGUGAACGAAGCCAAGAAAAACUUUCACAAAUUUGCAUCUGAGGAGGAAGAAAGAGACGCGCUGAUCUACAACUACAGUCCGGUUUACGCUCAGCCGUCCAGCAUAUUUGAGCAAAUCUAUUUCUUUGACUGA